GGUAGGGCAAGACAGGACGAGCGCGCCCUGGGAUCCAGCUCGAAUCGAUCGAGCAGAAGGGCGGCAUUCGGAGGAACAAUGAGUAGUGGGAUGUAGAAUUUCGAGCAGGGAAGAAUGUCGUUCUCUGAGCCUAGGAAACACCAUCAGCAGCAGCAUCAUCACCGAGGGAAUCGCUACAACAGGAACAAUUUCCGGUACCAGUUCGCUGGAGAGUCCUCCGAUGGUUUCGACGAGAUCAUCGCCGAGGAUGAGAAGAUCACUGACCGGCUCUACAUGGAGCUCACCGAGAAUUUGAAGAAUCGUGCCAAGAGAUGUGCCAUGAUGGAAGCACAAGUGGCAAAACGAAGCAACGAGCUCAAAGAAGAAGCAAAAGCUUUGGCCGAGGAAAAGAGAUUGGUGGCAGCUUGGAAGAAAGAAGCUGCGGCUCUCCAGGCCAAGACCGAGGCAGAGCUAAGCGAGGUUCGACUUGAGAGGGAGCAACUGGAGCGCGCUAGCACCGAUUUGGCAGUUCAGAUGGCGGAGCUGAAGAGGACGCAACGAGAAAUGGACAAGCAGAAGACACCGUGUGCGCAGCCUAUCCCUGAAACUGCACCAGAGAAAAGCACAGAGCUGGUUGCCGUGAGCAAUGGAGAAGUUUUGGAAGAAAUGCCGCUGGCGAAGCGCAUCAAAAUGAAGCAUGAAGUCAAGAAAAAGGAGGAAGUUCAAGUGUUCGACAAAAGAUUAUUAGUUGUUCAAUCUGCGCUCCAAGAGGAUGCUCCCGGGCUUUUUGAGCUACUUGAGGAAAGAGGACUGCUCGAUGGCAUGGACAUCAUUACGAAUGUAUGGGAAGAGGGAGAUGGAAAUACUUCGCAGACCGAAAGCUUCAGUGACUUAACAAGCGUUGUUGGGAAGCUUUGGGGAACUUCAUCUCAGUUGCUCAAGGAACACCGCUCGCGGGUACAAAUGGCAAACUCGUCGAAGCCUCACUAUUGCUUGGCUUGUUUAGUGACCCUGAUCGAGCAGACUAGGCUUCUCAAGCAGCGAAAGUGGCCCGUGCGAUGGGGCUGGUGUCGAGCGCUGAAUGCUUUUCUUUUUGUUUUCGAAAAGCACAACAGGAUUGUGGUGGAGCGCCCGGAAUACGGCUUCGCGACGUACUUUUUCGAGUUAGUUCAGUCCUUGCCAGUGAAAUGGCAAGUCGAUCGCCUCAUCAAGGUGAUGAGCUGCGUUUGCAACUGCAGAGCUGCGCUACUGGAGAAUCGGCCACUGGAGGCUGGCAAGGAUUUGCUUCCGGAAGAAGCUCGGGUGCUGGAAGACUAUGGCUGGACGCCAAACACCGGCAUUGGAUCGCUGCUCAGCUUCUGUGACCGAGUCCUCCACGACUACAAGAGCGAGGACGAGGCCGCGGAGUGGAAGUCGAAGAUUGGAAGGAUGCUCAUGGACGGGCACGACCACGGGAGCAUCGUCUUGAAGCUCCCACGCAAGCUCGACACUGGCAAUAUGAUCGUGGUGAAACAAGAACUUGGAGACGCGCUCCCGCUGGCCAUGAAAAUGGAAGCUUGCUGAAAGAAGAUCGCUAAUUUUUGUACAUGGUAAAAGAACUCUAACACUGUCCUCCUGUACAACCCUGUAUAAAGUCUAAAAAAACCAUGGAAAUUUGAGAAGAGUAUAUUCUAAGUA